AUGGCCGCGCGCCCCGGGCCGCUCUGGCUGCUGGGCCUGGCGCUGUGCGCGCUGAGCGGCGGCGGCGCCUCUGGCCCGCGCCCCUCGCCCGGCUGCCCGCAACGGCCCCUGGGCCCGCGCGAGCGCCGCGACCUGCAGCGCGAGAUCCUGGCGGUGCUCGGGCUGACCGGGCGGCCCCGGCCCCGCGCGCCGCCCGCCGCCGCCCGGCUGCCCGCGUCCGCGCCGCUCUUCAUGCUGGACCUGUAUCGUGCCAUGGCCGGCGACGACGACGAGGACGGCGGGACCCCCGAGCGGCGCCAGGGCCGCGCCGACCUGGUCAUGAGCUUCGUCAACAUGGUGGAGUGGGACCGCAGCCUGGGCCACCAGGAGCCCCAAUGGAAGGAGUUCCGCUUUGACCUGACCCAGAUCCCGGCGGGGGAGGCCGUCACGGCCGCGGAGUUCCGGAUUUACAAGCUGCCCAGUACCCACCUGCUCAACCGGACCCUCCACGUCAGCAUGUUUGAGGUGGUCCUGGAGCAGUCCAACAGGGAGUCUGACUUGUUCUUUUUGGAUCUUCAGACGCUCCGAUCUGGGGACGAGGGCUGGCUGGUGUUGGACGUGACAGCAGCCAGUGACCGCUGGCUCUUGAACCGUAACAAGGACCUGGGACUCCGCCUCUAUGUGGAAACAGAUGAUGGGCGCAGCGUGGAUCCUGGCCUGGCCGGUCUGCUGGGGCAACAGGCACCGCGCUCCAAACAGCCUUUCGUGGUCACCUUUUUCAGGGCGAGCCCCGGCCCUGUCCGAGCCCCUCGGGCGGUGAGGCCCCUGAAGAGGAGGCUGCCGAAAAGAACCAACGAGCUGCCACCCCCAAACAAACUGCCGGGGAUCUUCGACAAUGUCCACGGCUCCCACAGCCGACAGGUGUGCCGUCGGCAUGAGCUCUAUGUCAGCUUCCAGGACCUUGGCUGGCUGGACUGGGUCAUCGCCCCCCAAGGCUACUCAGCCUAUUACUGUGAAGGGGAGUGCUCCUUCCCACUGGACUCCUGCAUGAACGCCACCAACCACGCCAUCCUGCAGUCCCUGGUGCACCUGAUGAAGCCUGACGCGGUCCCCAAGGCGUGCUGCGCGCCCACCAAGCUGAGCGCCACCUCCGUGCUCUACUACGACAGCAGCAACAACGUCAUCCUGCGCAAGCACCGCAACAUGGUGGUCCGCGCCUGCGGCUGCCACUGA